AAAAAAAUCAUUCGCGAAGAAGAGAAAAAAAAAAGGGAAAGGCGAAGGUUGAUGCGAUUCGAUCUCCGAUGUCUUUCUACAACGCGGAAUUUAAUUCGAGACGAAGAACUCGGAUCACUAUCAGACGACGAAGAAGACUCUCCAUCGGGAAAACGAUCUAAACUCGAUCGAUUCCCUCUCAGCCGAUGGGAACUAGCAGUAUCUCUUGGCGUCUUCCUCGUCUUCUCCUCAGGGACUAUCUUUAUGUCGCUUUUAGCUGGAGCUCUGUUUGGUGUUGUCAAAGGUGUUAUCUUGGUUGUUUUCAAUGCUAUCGCUGGUGCUACUUGUUGUUUCUUUCUUUCUAAGUUGAUUGGUCGGCCGUUGAUUACUUGGCUGUGGCCUGACAAACUAAGAUUCUUUCAGGUUGAGAUUGGUAAGCGAAGAGAUAAGCUUAUGAAUUAUAUGUUGUUUCUGAGGAUAACACCAACACUGCCCAAUCUGUUUAUUAAUUUGGCUUCUCCAAUAGUUGAUGUACCUUUUCAUGUCUUCUUUUUGGCGACAUUGGUUGGUCUCAUCCCUGCAGCUUAUAUUACCGUUACGGCUGGCCUUGCUAUUGGAGAUCUCAAAUCGUUGAAGGAUCUUUAUGAUUUCAAGACAUUGCCGGUGCUUUUCCUCAUUGGGUUUAUCUCCAUACUUCCAACAAUACUGAAAAGAAGAAAGAUAUACGAAUAA